GAGGCUCUGGGCGGCCGCAGUCUCAGUCUGAAGGCGGCCGCGGCGGCAGUCUUGAGUAAGAUGAGGCUUCUGCUGCUUCUCCUGGUGGCGGCGUCGGCGGUGGCCCGGAGCGAGGCCUCGGCCAACCUGGGCGGCGUGCCCAGCAAGAGGUUAAAGAUGCAGUACGCUACGGGGCCGCUGCUCAAGUUCCAGAUUUGUGUUUCCUGAGGUUACAGGCGGGUGUUUGAGGAGUACAUGCGGGUUAUUAGUCAGCGGUACCCAGACAUCCGAAUCGAAGGAGAGAAUUACCUCCCUCAACCAAUUUAUAGACACAUAGCCUCUUUCCUGUCAAUCUUCAAACUCGUAUUAAUAGGCUUGAUCAUUGUUGGCAAGGACCCUUUUGCUUUCUUUGGCAUGCAAGCUCCUAGCAUCUGGCAGUGGGGCCAGGAGAAUAAGGUCUAUGCAUGUAUGAUGGUUUUCUUCUUAAGCAACAUGAUUGAGAACCAGUGUAUGUCAACAGGUGCAUUUGAGAUAACUUUAAAUGACGUGCCUGUAUGGUCUAAGCUGGAAUCUGGUCAUCUUCCAUCCAUGCAACAACUUGUUCAAAUUCUUGACAAUGAAAUGAAACUCAACGUGCACAUGGAUUCAAUUCCGCAUCAUCGAUCAUAGCCCCACCUAUCAGCACUGAAAACUCUUUUACAUUAAGGGAUCUUUGCAAGAGCAGCGUGACUGACACUAUGAAGGCCUGUACUGAAGACAGCCAGCUGUUAGUACAGACCAGAUGCUUUUUUGGCAGGCUCGUUGUACCUCUUGGAAAACCUCAAUGCAAAAUAGUUUUUCUGUGCUGGCACGUUCUGGAAUUCUGCACAUUCGUGGAGUGCAAUAAUACUGUAUAGCUUUCCCCCAACCCAGAUUCACCCAGUUAAUAGUUUGUCAUUUUUUAAAAUGUAGACAUUACUACUUAAAACUUUUUUCUUAGUCAUAUUUAAAAAGUAGACAAUU